AUGGCACCCCGAACCAAGUCAUCCACCAAGCCAACACGCGAGGCCUCAAUGGAGAUCGAAGAAAUCUGGGACGCAGACGACGAAUACUCUGACACCGAAAGUGUCUUCGACCCCUUCGAAGAUUUCAGCUCAAUCUUGAUUGAUCUCCCAGAGCCCGAGGCGAUCUUCAAAUUCCACAUCUGCCGCGGCUCACAACCUACCCUUGGUACAAUCGGAAAGUCUGAUGGCUGGGCCAAUAAAUCAUACCUCCUCUGGGAAAUGUGCGCUAUCCUCGCGGCAGCCGGAACCGACAAAGAAUGGUCAAAGAAAUUUGAACAAUGGCGACCUACAUGGAAUGAAGUCCGAAACAAGAUAUGCACCUACGGCUAUUCGCACUUCUCGUCGGAUAUUCCUCUGGCUCCUGUUGGCCUUGCAAUUUUUAAAUUCCCGGAAGAGAAUAGGAGCUUCGAGAUUGAGCAGUCUGAUGUGGGGGUUCUGGAUUGCUCGGAUGUCUGGGCUCUCUGGCGUUUUAUUAUCGAGAUGCCUGCUGGGGAGAGCAGGUUGUUUGAGGUUACACUUAUAGACGAGGCAUGA